AUGAUGGACUCGUACGGAGUCCGGAGGUCGGACACCACCAAAGGGCCGCCUCUGCGCAUUCUGUCUCUCGACGGAGGAGGCGUUCGUGGUUACUCCAUGCUCAUCAUCAUCCAGGAACUCAUGCACCGCGCAUUUGUCGACAUCGAAGGCCGCGCGCCUCGCAGACAUGAAAUCCCGAAGCCCUGCGAUCAUUUCGACCUAAUCGUCGGUACCGGCACGGGCGGGUUGAUUGCCAUCAUGCUGGGCAGGCUGCGUCUGGACUUGGAGACUUGCAAGGAGCUGUACGUUCGCAUGACCAAGAUGGUGUUCGAAACCGACAAGACGAUUGCCGGCAUCCCAUACCGAUCUACGCUGUUCAAGGCCAGCAGGCUGGAAGACGCCAUCAAGCAGGGAGUUUGGGAGCACACCGUGUACCACAAGGAGGGAAACGACACCGAGACAGAAGUCGUCAACCCGCUUGAUUCCCGCCGCUCGUCGGGAUCCCCAAAGCGACAUUCCAGCAACGCCAGCACCGUCAGCUUCAGUGCACGCCAUACUUCCGGCCAUGUCUCCACGCGGCCAGCCAUUAAUAUGAAAUACGGAAAUGGUAAUGCAAGAUUAUACGAUGCAAGAGAGAAUAGGACUAAGACUGCCGUGACUGCAAUGUACAAAGGAUCCGGACGAGGAACACCCCCCGUACUGCUACGGUCCUACGAUUCUCGCAAAGAGCCACCGCCGGAAUUCGACUGCAAGAUCUGGCAGGCUGGACGAGCAACUUGCUCCAUCGGCCUUGCUUUCAAGCCCGUCCAGAUUGGUCAGUCAGUCUUCCACGACGACGGAGCCGGCACCUUCAACCCCUCCCCCGAGGCUCUGGACGAGGCUGUCAUCAACGAGUGGCCAGGACGAGAAGUCGGAGUGUUUGUCAGCGUCGGCACCGGAAAACGCCCUCGUGGAAGCGAUGGAAACCAGCAAGUGUGGUAUGAGGGCUUCCUGGGCGAGUUUGCUGAGGCGCGGAGAAAGAUGAUUUCCAAAAUCGAAGGCUGCGAGAAGAUCCACGAGUACAUGCUCCACGAGCACCUGGCCAAGCGCGGAGUCAAUGUCGAAAACUACUACCGCCUCAAUGUCGAGGUGGGAGUCGGCGAGUUCGGAAUGAACGAAUGGAACCGGUUGAGCGAUAUCAGCACUGGCACUCGGCGAUACAUGCAACGCCCAGACGAGCAGCAGAUGAUCCACGGCAUCUCGACCAGGCUGGCCAAGAUUCACAGGGCAAAGAUACGGUGGGAACAACGAAGCAAUCCUAUUGUGCCCGAGUUGGUCAAGUCGACAUCGGAGAACAACUUUGAGCAGCCAUUUGCUGUAGAGCUGCCCGGCGACUCCCCGGUUGGCUUCCUCUCCCACAGCCCACAAAGCCCCCCGAGUCGUUCGUCCUUUGAAUCAGGGGCAGACAGCCUACACCUGCAGGCAAAUACUCUGAAUUCCCCCAGAGUUUCUGGCGAUCAUAUCCGGCCAGGCACCGGACAUUCGCGUUACGGCAGAACCGUCAGUCCCGCAUCUGAAAAGGAGACUGUGGACAUGUCGCCGGCACCGAGCCAGUACAGGGUCGCCUAUUCCGAUGAUCCGAUUGCCAUUACGAGCCCCGACGAAGAGUCCAAGUAUCAGCUGCCCGUGGUGCCUCCCAAACAGUACUCUCGGAUUGAGCCGCUGUCAAUACCCUCCAAAACAGCGCCGCCUCUGCCACCAAAGACUCCGUUGUCCGAAUACGGCCAUCGACCGCGAGAUUCGGAGACGUCGAUUCCACCUUAUCCCGUUGAUGACGACGAAGGCCCGCCUCCGGUCAACAUGGCACGGAAGCCGGACUAUCUACAGUAUUAG